UGCCGAUUUUUGCGAUUUUUGGGGCCAUUUUUAAUCCGAUUUUCGCGCCGAUUUUCACCAUUUCAAGCCCGAUUUUCCCCCGGAUUUUUUUCCCAUCCUUUCCCCGAUUUUUCCCGGCAGGAAUCCCUGGAAUCGCGGCGUGCCCGGGGCCGAGCCGAGCGCCUGGAGCGGCUCCUGCGGCUGAACGAGCAGCGCUGCGGCCUCAGCCCCGUCUACGGCCGCGAGGUUCUGCAGUUCCUGACGCUGCCCCCGAGGGAGCUCGGGGAGCCCGGGGGGGCCCUGGAGGGCGCCGUGCUCACACCCCCCCAGCGCCUCCAGCACAUGAAACCCAUCCUCGACAGGUUCCUGGUGGCCGUGCCGGCGGUGGCCUCGCGGGGGGUGUCCCUGCACAGCGGGCGCCCCCCGCCCUGGGCGCAGCGGCAGCGGCAGCGCCUGGAGCAGCACCUGAGGGAGGAGCUGAGGGCCCGGGGGGCUCACCUGGCCCAGGGGCUGCAGACGCAGUUCCCGGACCCCCGGCUGGUGCAGUACGACUGCGGUAAGCUGCAGGCUCUGGACGUGCUGCUGCGGCGGCUGCGGGCUGGCGGGCACCGCGUGCUGAUCUUCACGCAGAUGACGCGGAUGCUGGACGUGCUGGAGCGCUUCCUCACCUUCCACGGGCACAUCUACCUGCGCCUGGACGGCUCCACCCGCGUCGAGCAGAGACAGGUGA